CCUAAAAGAAACUGGGUCACAUGCAGCAGGAAGUGCGGUCCAAAUGUGAUUGUGCAGACCUUAGUGAGGCCGAUGUCAUAUUUACAGUAGGAAACAAUCAUUCAUCUAAAACUAAGUCGUGGAAGGAUUUACACCGUCACAAAAAAAUGAGUGUUAUGGAAAUGGCGUAGAAGAAGAUAAGACCUCCUCAAGCAACUUAAAUCGAAACAGACACUGAAACAGAUUAACUUUAUCGCCGGUGGAGCUGGGCGGAUCAUUCAAACAAAUCCGUAACUCAUUGAACUCAUUUGUAAUGGCUACGCAAUACUUUUGAGAAAAGAAAAGUGACGCAAUGGAGAAAAUUCGAUACUUUGCACUUAUUUUUAUAGUGACAAGAGUGGCUUUACCGGUUACCUGCCAAACCACUUAUGACAGUAUUGAGAGCACAACAGCCAGCACUCUCACUACCACUUCUCAAGUAACAACUGAAUCAACAUCAGUAACUACUAUUGCUGUGACAACCACAGAGGCAGGUACUCCAACUGGAGCAGGAACACCAGUGAUAUCUCCUGAAGAAAAAGCUGUUGGAUCAACUCUAGAAACAGACCCAGUGCUACCAACUACUUCCCUGUCUCAGAGUGCGGGCCUGGAGGGCACCAAAACGCAGGAACUUGUAUCGAGCACAGUUAGCGGCUGGUCGGGUGAUACUAAUGUGCCCUUUUCAGGUCAUAGUGAUAUUACGGAUACUCCUACAAGCAAGGGAUCUUCAAACAAGCCAGAUCCAGCAGAGAGCACAACAGAAGCUUCAACUAUAAAGGAAACAGGCACUUCUGUUGCUUCUGUCUUAUCUGAUACAUCAACAAAAUCCCAAGUGCCAUCAUUUUCCACUAGUGCAAAUGAGAAGUCUACCUCUUCUGCUGAGGAAUCCUCUUCACCUUACACUGAACACAGUUGGUCUGAUAGGACAGGCAAUGCUCAUGGUGGAAAUACAGAGCCAGUUUCUAGUUUUACAAGCAUGCAGGAAUUUGAGAGGACAACUAGUUCAUUAACAGUCAGUGCAACUGAAUUAUGUGAGGAAGAGACAACCCCAGCCAUUCAAAACAUUUCAGCCAGUACCUCAGUGAGAAGUGUCUCAAAUGGGGCAACGUCCCCAAUGCAGCAGACAGUGACACCUGGCAAGAUUUCAAAAGAAACUGAUUCCACCAAUAUCACCAUUGCAUCCACAAAAAAGGAAACAAUAGUGCAAAUUACAACAGACCCAACUACUACUACAUUCCAACCUGAAAAUCAAAACAGUACCAUGUUCAGUGCAACUAUGAGCAGUAGUAUUACUGAAUCUGGCCAGAACUCAAAUGAUCCUACUACAUCAGCUAUUACAGUGAUGGCAUCUGCAGUAUUGGUGUCUAACCAGACACAUGCUUUACCAACAACCCUAAAACGGGAAUUGAUAAAUGAGACCGGUUUCAGUGGAUUCAGUGCACAGGCAACUGAGUUUGAAACUGUUACAUCAGGUUAUAACACUAGCACAGAUAAAAGUACAGCUGUCCCAGUGCAUGCAACAACAUUACAACUAAGUAGUUCAACAGGUUGGCCUGAUGUUCCUUCAUCCAGAUCACCUGAAAAUGGAACUGAAACCACAGCACUGUAUACAACACUGCAAGAUAGUACACAUGAUGGCAACUUCACACCAACAGUGGAAACAUCCAACAGAAUAUCUGUUCCCCUUACAACUACUGUUUCAUUCAAUCAGUCCACUCAAAGUUUCAAUGUUUCUACUAGCACCCCAAAUGAUAUAGGAAAUGCAAAUACAACCGUAACAAGUACCAGUAAAGUUUCAAAUAGUAAUAUUACCACAGUAGUAUCAAUUACAGAUAUUCAGGGAAAUUUGACAACUUAUUCAAUUGAAACUACAGUUGCCACUAAUGACAGUAUUGACAGCACAACAGCCAGCACUCUCACUACCACUUCUCAAGUAACAACUGAAUCAACAUCAGUAACUACUAUUGCUGUGACAACUACAGAGGCAGGAGCAGGCAUACCAGUGACACCUACAAAAGGAAAAGCUGUUGUAUCAACUCUAGAAAUAGACCCAGUGCUACCAACUACUUCCCAGUCUCGGAGUGCGGGCCUGGAGGGCACCAAAACGCAGGAGCUUGUAUCGAGCACAGUUAGUGGCUGGUUGGGUGAUACUGAUGUGCCCUUUUCAGGUCAUAGUGAUAUUACUGCUACUCCUACAAGUGUGGGAUCUUCAAACAAGCCAGAUCCAACAGUGAGCACAGCAGAAGCUUUAGCUAUAAAGGAAACAAGUACUUAUGCUCCUUCUUUCUUAUCUGAUGCAUCAACAAAAAUCCAAGUGCCAUCAUUUUCCACUAGUGCAAAUGAGAAGUCUACCUCUUCUGCUGAGGAAUCCUCUUCACCUUACACUGGUCACAGCUGGUCUGUUAGGACAGGCAAUUUUCAGGGUGAAAAUACAGAACCAGUUUCUAGUUUUACAGGCAUGCAGGAAUCUGAGAGUACAACUAGUUCAUUAACAGUCAGUGCAACUGAAUUAUUUGAGGAAGAGACAACCCCAGCCAUGCAAAACAUUUCAUCCAGUACCUCAGGGAGAAGUGACUCAAGUGAGGCAAUGUCCCCAAUACAGCAGACAGUGACAUCUGGCAAGAUUUCAACAGGAACCGAUUCCACCAUUGCAUCAGCAAAAGAGGAAACAAUAGUGCAAAUUAUAACAGACCCAACUACUACAUUCCAACCUGAAAAUCAAAACGGUACCAUGUUCAGUGCAACUAUGAGCAGUAGCAUUACAGAAUCUGGUCAGAACUCAAAUGAUCCUACUGCAUCAGCUAUUACAGUGACGGAAGCUGCAGUGUCAGUGUCUAACCAGACACAUGCUUUACCAACAACCACAAAAAAGGAAUUGUCAGAUAAGACCAGUUACAGUGGAUUCAGUACACAGACAACUGAGUUUGAAAUUGUCACAUCAAGUUAUAACAGUAGCAUUGAUAUAAGUACAGCAGUCCCAGUGCAUACAACAACAUUACAGCUAAGUAGUUCAGGUUGGCCUGGUGGUCUUUCAUCAGGGUCACCUGCAAAUGGAACUGAAACCACAGCGCUGUAUACAACACUGCAAGAUGCACCUCCUCCCAGUGCUCCAAGAGAACUUACCAUUGCUAGCAAAACAACCAAAUCCCUGGAAGUUACUUGGCAAAAAGCGACACCAAAUGAGACAAUAGAUUCAUAUAUCGUACAAUUUAGAGAUGCACCUGAUUCAACAUUUAGCGUCUCACAUGCCAAUUUGUCAAGUUCAGCCACCUCUGCUAACAUCACUGGUUUGUCACCAGGACAGUACUACACUGUCCAAGUGAUAGCCACCAGAGGUCUGUUGAAUAGUUCAGCAGCUGAGACAAAUGGAGCAACAGUACCAUCUGCUGUUUCAAAUAUCAGAUUCCCCCAGGAGUAUUUGUCAGAAAACAGCUUGCAAGUUUCUUGGACUGCAGGAGCAGGUUAUAAUGAUGGUUACCUUGUCACGGUUAAUUAUACAGCAGCAGUAGUUAAUUCAUCUGCAGUAUCUGAUACAUAUAGAAACAUCACAGGGCUUACAGCAGCUACAGGAUACAAUGUUACUAUAGUUGCCAAAAACAGAAAUGGUGACUCAAGUAGUGCAAUUAGUGAAAUCCAGUUCACACGUCAUGAAAGGCCAUCUGAUGGAAAGAUUAAAAUACAGACUAACCAUAAAAAGAUAAGGGUGGAAUUUGAUGAUUUUAAUUUUGAUUAUACUUUUGACAAACUUGAAGGCAUGUUAUAUUUGAAGAUAAAUGGAUCUCUUGUGAGGGAUGAGACCGUAGAAAAACCAAAUUCUGAUUUGGAUUUCAUAAACCUUACACCAGGAGAAAGUUACACCGUUGAAGUCUUUUACAGAUUUCAUGAUGUAUUAAGUGAGCCAAUGGUGGUUGAUGUAGAUUUAGAAUCAUUUACCCUGACAUGGUCUGCUGGUGAUGGUGUAGUAGGAGGAUACUAUGUGGAAGUGAACACAUCCGGGACAGGGAACACUACUUUCUCAAAGUUCACCAAUGAAACAUCAGCAAAUGUCACUUCAUUGCAACCAGGCACCAGAUACUCUGUGUCCAUCACUGCAACUAGCAGGGGGUUACUGAAGAAUAGCACAGCUCUUACAGGAACUUUUCAAACCUAUCCAGCCAAACUAACUGCAGUACAGGUGAUUGGCUGGUAUACAGAUAGGAUACAGUUAGCAUGGAAAAAAGGAAAGGGAGAGGCCGACAGCUACAUUGUCUCACACAGUGUCAAUAAUGAAAGAGUUGAUUCAUCCAACCUUGCUGAUCCUGUCUACAAUAUAACUGGUCUCACACCAGGUGCAACAUAUGAAAUAAAUAUUACUGCUUAUCAAAACCACUACCCAAGUGAACCAUUAACAAUUAUUAAUCAAACCAAACCAGGCACUCCAGGCUCAAUAAUUGUAUUGUACCGUACUCCCCGCACUUUGGGAAUUCGAUGGUCCAACUCCUCGGGUGUGGUUGAUGAAUAUGUAGUUGAUGUCAGCCCUACAGGGGCUAUUUCACAAGUAUAUACAGUUAACGGAAAAUCAACAGUUAAUAUCACUAGACUAGACCCGGGACAAAUGUAUCAUGUGUCUGUCAAAGCUGUCACAAGGAACCUUUCUGGUGAUGUUUCCGAGGAAAAUGUAUCAACUGAAGAAAUACCCCCUAGCGCUCCUAUAAAUCUGACGUCUGAUGAAAAGACAACAAAUUCAACCAAUUUGAAAUGGGAAGAACCUCAACAUCCUAAUGGCAAAGUCACAGAUUACUUUAUUGAGUACUGGCAAGCUGAUCAUAAAACCAAGGAAUAUGAUACAUAUUACAAUAUUUCCACAAAUAGCGCAGAUACUUCUUACAGUGUUAUUAACUUAAUCCCAGGGUCAACUUACAAAUUUCAAGUUAAGGCUGUGAACAGCAAAGGGCCUGGAGAAGUAUCAAACAACAUUACUGUGACAACAAAUGAGAGCACACCUGGGGAAGUCUCUAACUUAACAGUCAGCCAAAAUACCUCCAUGUCAAUGAACAUAGGUUGGGAAGAGCCAAUUGAGCCAAAUGGAGAGGUUAUCACCUAUGAACUGCAUGUUUUAUUGGAAGAUAAAAGCUGUGUACAGCAAGUGACUUUCAAUUGCACAGAUUGUCCAGCAAUAUCCAAAACCAGUGAAAAAAGUGAAGAAGCACCAUCCUGUACUUCAACAGAUACAACUCAGAGCUUCAGUAUACAUGGACGUGUUGACUAUACUGUAAGGAACCUGGUACCCUACACCAACUACACUUUUAGAGUUUACCCAUUUACAUCAGUUGGGAGAGGGAAAUCCAAAGAUAUGAGACAGCAAACUUUGGAAGACACACCUUCUGAGCCAAGAAAUGUGAUGGCAGUCAACAUCACCCAGAAUGAAAAAACUGGCCUGAACAUAACAUGGGAGGCUCCAGACAAUCCUCGUGGAAUUAUAACUGAAUAUCAGCUUCGUGUAACUGAUAAUCAGGCCAGCAAUUUCUAUAAUACAACUGAUGAGUUAAAAGCUCUCCCUUAUCUUCUUAGUUAUCAAAAUCACACUAUUGAGGUGCGUGCUUAUACUGUUGCAGGCCCUGGAAAUUGGAGUAAGCCACUCACAGCUUUAACAGGAGAAGCACCACCUUCUGAGCCAAGAAAUGUGAUGGCAGUCAACAUCACCCAGAAUGAAAAAACUGGCCUGAACAUAACAUGGGAGGCUCCAGACAAUCCUCGUGGAAUUAUAACUGGAUAUCAGCUUUGUGUAACUGUUAAUGAUACCAGCAAUUUCUAUAAUGCAACUGAUGAGUUUAAAGCUCUCCCAGAUCUUCUUAGUUAUCAAAAUCACACCAUUGAGAUACGUGCUUAUACUGUUGCAGGCCCUGGAAAUUGGAGUAAGCCACUCACAGUAUUAACCGGAGAAGCACGACCUAGUGCACCUCAGCAUAUUGCAUUUGGUGACAUAUCUCCAACAUCAAUUGAAGUGCAGUGGCAGGAUCCAGUGAUGAAAAGAGGCAUUCUCGUAGAUUAUCUUAUCACUGUGACAAAAGCAUCCAAUUUGGAGGUAGUGAAGAAUGAAACCCAAGAUGCCAAUGAAGCAAAAUCAUUCAACGCAACUGGCCUUGACCCAUGUCGGAACUACACAUUUAAAGUUGCAGCUAGGACCAGCAAAGGGUUUGGAAAUUACUCCUCUGAACAGACCAACUCAACAGCAGUUAAUAUCCCAGGCACACCAGUGAGAGUUAAAGCAGAAGCUAAAACCUCAACAUCCAUCCUGGUGAUGUGGACUCCACCACCAAAUGAGACAUGUCUCAUAGACUAUGUGGUUGAGAUGACUGAGAGUGACGGCCAAAAUUCUGUCAAGGAAUUAAUUAAAGGAUACCAAAGUACUGAAAAAAACAUCACAGGCCUGAAAAAGUACUGGUCAUAUGAUAUAAAGGUGAAGGCAAAUACCACAGCUGGACCCAGUAUGCCUUCACCAAAUGUAACCAAAAGAACUCUGGAAGACACACCUGGUCCACCAGCAAGGGUGAAUGCCAGCUGUGAUGUCUGCUAUAAUAAUAUGACUGUGACUUGGGAAGCACCAACCAGAGAAAACAAACAUGGAUUAAUAACAGGAUAUGUGAUCUAUUAUAUAUCGACUGAUGGGGAAAUAUCUGUGAGUGAAGCAAAUUUGUUUCAUUAUAAUUGUAAUUGA